AUGGAGGACAAGGCAGAGCCUAAGGUCCUGGAGUGGGGAAGACAGAGACUAGUAAUAAGUAAAGCUGUUGGAGAGAUCUUGACACCAUGGUGGGAGAAUCAAGACCAGGUGGGAGUUGAGAAUAGAGCUGAAAGUCAGAAACUACAGAAGAGAAAUCAGAGGGAUGCUGGAGGUGAGAAUCUUCCUGAAACCCAGGCACGAAGAGGAGAGAAACAGGAACAGUUAAGAUGUAAAAUUGAUGCAGAGACCCAAACGCCAAUGUGGGAGACCCAGGAUAGGAGUAGGAAUAAGGAUGCUAUAGAGACCCAGUCUUUUGAGAAGAAUAAGAAAGAAGCCAGAGGAGAGGAUGAAGGAGAGACCCAGGCCCAAGGGUUGAGGAAGCAGGGCCAGACUGGAACUGAGAAUGGUGGGGACACCCAGCUGCCAGGGUGGGGAAAACAAGACCAGAUUAAAGGUGAUACUAGUAUAGAAAUUCAGGCAGAAGAGAGGAGAAGAAAGGGCCAGGUUGGAGGUGAGAAUGCUGUGAAAAUCCAGAUAUCUGGGAGGGAGAACUUGGGGGAAGUGAAAAAAGAGGAUGGCCUAGAGACCCAAGCCCUGGGGUGGGGAAAACAGGAAUGCGUUCAAAGUGAGAAUGUUACAGAGAUCCAGACACCAGGGUGGGAGAUGCAGGAUCAAAACGGAAGUGAGAAAGCUGGGAAGGUCCAAGUAUUUAGGGUAGAGAUCCAGAAACAACUAAGACAUGAACUUCAAGUGGGGUGGGGAAAUCAAGGCCUGAAAACAGGUGAGGAUGCUGGGGAAAGCCAGAUAUCUAGAAGGAAGAACUUCAGGGAGAUAAGAGAGGAGGAUUGGGUGGUGAUCCAGGCACGAUUUUGGGGAGACCAGAAACCAGUAGCAAGUGCAAUUGGCAGAGAAUUCAAGAUACCAUGUUGGGGGAAUCAGGACCAGAUUGGAGGUGAACACAGAGCAGAAAUUCAGGCACUGGAGAAGAGAGACCAGAGAAAGAACGGAGAUGAAUACGGUACAAAUAUCCUGGCACCCAAGGCAGAGAACCAGAGACACUUAAGAGGUGUAACUCAUGUAGAGACCCAUCUACCAGGAAGGAGGAACCAGGAGCAGUUUGUUGGUGAGAAUAGUACAGACAUCCAGGCAACAGGGAAGAGAAACCUGAGAGGCGUUAAAGGUGAACAUGGUAAAGAGACUCAGGAACUUGUGGAAGAAAACCAGCAUCAGUUAAAUAGUGAAAUUAAUGGAAGGAUUCACAUACCAAAGUGGAAAAAUCAGGAACACAUUAGAGGCAAGGAUGGUGCAAAUACCCAGGCAUCUGAGGCAGAGAAUUGGGGAGAAUUAGCUAUUAAAAUUGAUGUAGAAACUCAUUCAGCAGAAUGGAAGAAAGAGGAGCAGAUGGGAGGUGAGAAUGGUGCAGAAAUUCCAGCUCCAGAGAAGAGAAACCAGAGAGAAGCUGGAGCUGAGAAUGGUACAGAGACCUGGGCACCUGGGGAAGAAAACCAGAGUCAGUUAAGAGGUGACACUGAUGAAAAGACUCAUUUGUCAGAUGGGAAGAACCAGGAGCAGAUGGGAGGUGAGAAUGAAACAGAAAUUCAGGCACCAGAGAAGAGACCCCAGAGAGAAGCUGGAGGUGAGGAUGGUACAGAGACCCAGAGACCUGAGAGACAGAAUGAGGGACAGUUAGAUGGUGAAAUUGGAGAGAGCCACUCACCAGGGAGAAGGAACUGGGAGCAGACUAGAGGAAUGAAUGAUGCAGAAAAUCCAACACUGGAGAAGAAAAGCCAGAGAGAGUUUGGAAGCGAGGAUGGUAGAAAGAUCCAGAGACUUAGGGGAGGGAAGCAAAGACUGUUAAAAAGUAAGAUUAAUGGAAAUGUCUGUACAUCAGAGUGGAAGAACCAGGAACAGAUUGGAGGUGAGAAUGGUGCAGAAUUUCAAAUCCAAGAGAAGAGAAACCUGAGAGGGACCACAGGUGAUGAUGAUAAAGAGACCCAGGCUCCUGGGGGAGACUUUCAGGGAGAGUUAAGGAGUGAAAUCGAUGGAGAGAUCCAGAUACAAGGGCAAGGAAGCCAGAAUAAGGGUGAAGAUGAGGAUGCUGCAGAAAUCCAGGAUGUAGGGAGCCAGAGAAAGUGCAGAGCUGAGGAUGCUGGAAGUCUUCGAGUACUAAGGGGAAGAAACAAGGGCCAAGUCAGAGGAAAGGAUGCUGCUAAAGGCAAUCUCCGAGUUGACUGUUCUGGGGGAACAGGCUGUGGCCUCUGCGCCCUGCCCUGA